AUGCGUAAACCGUCCAUCGGCCUGAGUUUCGCGACUCUUAUCACAAUCAUUGCAAAGAUCAUCGACUUCGCCGAUGCAUUAGGCCGCAAAUUUACUGAAGGGCGUGAGUAUCGAAGGAUACGGUUUGGGAGUAUACGUGGGGAGAUCUGGUAUUGGCUGGGGCUUUUGAAUACGGAAGAGGUCCAGCGUGUGCACUUCAACAUCAACCUAUGGUCGAAAGAAGAAGUCUGUGCCUGGAAAGACGCGUACGUAUCAAGGUGUUCGGCGAUAUGUGUGGCAGCAGCUAUCUUUGCCAGUAUAGGACAAUCGGCGUUAGGUCUGGACGGCAUGAGAGAAACUCACUGGUCUGCUAGUGCGUUGUUGACAGCAAGCAUGGCGCUUGGGAUUCUAGCCGUUUGUGCAGCAGUGAGUCUACAGAACAGUGUUACGGGUCUGAGUAACCAUAAGGACAUUCGACUGUGGUUGAGCAAAGGUCUAUCCAAAGACUAUUAUGAAUAUCCUGAGCCAUACAAAGGUUUGCUCUUGGAGAGUUCUGCGAGCACAGUGAAACUGAUGGAGGCACCACAGCUGCUACUGAAUCUAUCAGUGGCGAUGUACUUCCUCGGCUUCGGUCUCUACCUUCUGUACGCAUGGAUAUGGGCGGUCGAGGAGCCCACCGUGAAUUUUCGGAACAAUUUCAUCUUCUACGUUUGUGUAUCGGGUGCUGUCAUUGCAUACAUCGCUUUCUUGUGGAGUGGAAGGAUCCUCGACCAAGACAAAGUGAACCUGCAGUUCAAUCUUAAGAGGCGUUUCGAUACAGGAGCAACGGACAAGAAGAUGGACAUGCUGGAGAAGUGGAGUGAGAUCGUUGAGGUACUCACGACGUCGAGGUCCGAGUUUGAAAAGGCAGAAGCAAGAAGGGGUAUGGACGAGAUGUUAUCGUUCAUGAGGUAUAACUUUGACUCACCAAACACAAAAGACGGAUAUGAACCAAACCAGUCAAGGCAGGGAAGUCCUGCUGCAACGGGAAAAGAACUCACGGAAUCUUAG